AUGGGGGCGGUCGGCUUCCGCGCCGCGGCCGUGCUGCCGGCGGAGGCCCCGUGGCAGCAGCAGCCAUGGCCCGGCGGCGGCGGCGACCCACCCGCGCCCGCGGAGCCCUCGGCGCCGGCGCCCGCGGCGUCGCCACGGCUCCUGGCGGCGCCGCUGGCCACCGUGGCGCUGUACUUCGGGUUCGCGGUGGCCUUCUUCUGGUGGCAGGAGGGCUGGUCGGCGGUCGAUUGUUUCUACUUCACCGCGGCCGUGCUGACGACGGUCGGAUAUG